UGGUAUAAAAACAAAGCAAGCUGUGAAAACAAUGGUGAAGUGCACAGUGUUUGCAGGUAGCCACUCCCCUAAUUUUGAAAUAAUUAAGGCGGGGCUGACCACGUGGCUGCAGCUGCUGCCGGGAGAGAGAAGAAUCUCUAGUCUUUAUCUCUCUCUCCCUUUAAACCACAAGGACACUUUACAGGAGCUAGAGCAGUUGAGAGCCAUGCCUCGGGUACAGGAGCUGAUAGUCAGCAGUCAAGCGAGUCGGGCCGCGCUGAGGCGAGACAGGCCCUACCACAACAAGAAGAACAAGAGGAAAGCCUCCGUCAAAAAGAAAGCCCAAAAGCAGCAAAGGAUGGCCCUAAUGUGCGUCGUUCCCCGGCAUCCCAUUCCUCCAUUAGAGACGCUCCUCACUACCGCUUCCUCUACAGGCUCAAGGGGUAGACUCCGUCAGGCUGGAACCAAAAGAUCUCACACCGAAGAAGGAGACGAAACUGUUGCUGCUUGCCAAGAUCUGUUCCCGUUGCAUUGUGGAGGGUUGACCUCUUCACUCUAUGACUCCAGCAUUGUUGCUUUCCUUAGAUUGUGUGAAGAUGAGGUCAUUUGUAACUUCCUUUGGGUUGACUCCUGUGCCAAAAUAUCAGACAAAUAUUUGUUGGCAAUGGUGUACAUUUACUUCAAGAGAGCAUCGUUACCUCUUGAUCAAUAUAACCAAUUCAACUUCUUUGUUGCUCUUUAUUUGGCUAAUGAUAUGGAAGAAGAUGAAGAGGAUGACAAGUAUGAAAUAUUUCCAUGGGCACUUGGAAAGAAGUCAUGGACAAGCACUUAUCCACUCUUCCUGUCGUACAGGGAUGAGCUCUGGAGUAAAAUGGACUUUCGUGCUGUUGUCAGCAAAAGGAUGUGUGAUGAAGUUAUAUCACUGGUUCCUGAUCACAGAAUCUGGAAGAGACAGAGAGGUGUCUAUCACAGUGGAGCCAUAAGGUCCUACAUGAAGGCCACCUCCCAGCAGUACGGCCGCUCCUCUCCUUUGUACUGCCGCUAUUGCAUGCAGGACGAAUUCCAGCAAUACCUCAAAGGAGGGAAAGGGAUUGGAGGUGAUGAGCUCUUGUACGAGUCUGUGGCUACCAUAUGGCCUUCACAAAUCCCUUUUGAUUUCUUGGAUGACAUAGACCACGAGCACAAACUCUACCACCAUCACCAUUCACUGGGUCUGUUUCCAUGUCCCUCCACCUCUUCUUCUGAACACAUUCCAAGAAAAUAGCAGAUAUAUCAUAACCGUGCUCCAGCUACUGGCCUUGCUCUCUCUCUCUCUUACAGUGGCCGAAUGAUACUUCUCCUAGUGAUAAUAAAUAAAUAAAUAAAUACUGAUGUUAUAUGUGUGACUAACUCACUAUGCAUGUACAUGUAUAUAAUGUAUGUAUUAAUUUUCUCUCCUCAUAUUAUAUGUCUGUAUGUGUGUCUCUAUGCUUAAUAUGGUUUAUUCAUUGACUUUUUAUUCCUUCUGGUGUAUUCUCUCUCUUCUUUAUCUCUCUCGUUAUAUCUCAUCCAACAUGUAUAUCUCAUCAUCCAUUCAUCAUUAACAUUUCACAUGAUUACAGGUCUUAUUAUCAUUAUUAUUAUUAUUAUUAUGUAUAUAUGUGUGUUCCAUUGUCUAUUAUACUACCAUAGUUCAUCAUAUGAUCACCAUCAUCAUCUUUUCCUUUCUGUAUGUAUUCACAUGAUUUUGUUCUUUUUAUUAUAAUUAUUAUAAAUUGU